AUGAAGCUGUUCAUCGUAUUUGCCCUGGUUGCCCUGGCUGCUGCUCAGGACAACACUUAUUCCAGCAAAUAUGACAACGUCGAUAUCGAUGAAAUCCUGAAGACGGAUCGUCUCUUCAAGAAUUACUACAACUGCCUGAUCGACCAGGGUCCCUGCACUCCGGAUGCUACCGAGCUGAAGCAGGUUCUACCGGAUGCCCUGGAGAACAACUGCUCCAAGUGUACGCCGAAGCAGAAGGAUGCUGGAUACAAGGUCGUUGGCUUUCUUAUUGACAACCGUCCCGAAGAGUGGGCUGUCGUACGGGCCAAGUACGAUCCCGAAAACAAGUUUGUUGAAAAAUACCGAGGAGAUGCUGAAGCCGCGGGGGUCAAGCUUUAA